CCAGGUGAUUCUCUCUCUUGCCUCCCCUCAGAUUCUUCUCCUCCCUCUCUCUCUCUUCUCGAUUUCCGAGCCGAAAGCGAAGAACCCAAAUCCCCACAUUCUCCGACACGCCCGAGGGGAGCGAGAAAGCAGCCAUGGAAUCCAGAAAAUUGGCAGCUUUACUGUCCUCCGUCGUCUCCGAGAUCUUGCUUCUGCUGCUGCUCCUCUUCCCUUCCUCGUCCCCCCUCUCCCUCACCCCCAAUUCCGGUCCCUUCUCCUCCCGCGGCUUCGAUUCGUUCGCCAACUUCUUCCCCUUGAUCACCCAUUUCCUGUCUCACCACGAGAUCGCCGCCUCCCUGUCUCCCCGGUCGGUUUCGAGGAAAAGGAAGAGGACCCACUUCCCGGAACCGGACCCCGGACCCGCCGGCGAGGACGAGACGGACGGCUCCGGCUCGGAACUCGGCGGCGGCGGCGGCCGGGGGGUCGGGCUCGGCCCGGCCCGGAGUCCCGACUCGUUCGUGGGCUCUUUCAAGAUGACGGCUUCCACCUUCGAGUGGCUCGCGGGCCUGCUCGAGCCGCUGCUGGAUUGCCGCGACCCGGUCGGGUCGCCGCUGAACCUGUCGCCGGAGCUCCGCCUCGGGGUCGGGCUCUUCCGGCUGGCCACCGGUGGCGACCACCGCGACGUGGCUCGCCAGUUUGGAGUCUCGGAGGUGGCCUCCCGGUUUUGCACCAAGCAGUUGUGCCGUGUCCUGUGCACCAAUUUCCGGUUCUGGGCGGGUUUCCCGGGGCCGGCCGAGCUCGAAUCCGUGUCGAGGGGGUUCGAGGCGCUGACUGGGUUGCCGAAUUGCUGCGGUGUGAUUGAUUGUGCAAGAUUUGAGACCGUCGCCGAUUGUGGGCCUAAUGGUACUAUUGCUGCGCAAAUAGUCGUCGACUCCACCUCGAGAAUUCUGAGUGUCAUUGCAGGAUUUCGCGGUGAUAAGGGCCGGUCACGAGUUCUUCGGCUGUCGAGUUUGUUCAAAGACAUCGAGGAGGAGAGGUUACUGAACUCGCCUCCUGUGGAUGUUAAGGGGGUCAAUGCGAAUCCGUAUUUGGUUGGAGAUGAAGGGUACCCUCUGCUUCCUUGGUUGAUCGUGCCUUUUGCUAAUGCCACCACAGGAUCAUGCCAGGCUUAUUUCAAUGUGGCGCAUAGUUUGAUGCUUACGCCUGCCCUUAAAACUAUUGCUAGUCUCAGGAAUUGGGGUGUUUUAAGCAGACCAAUAAAAGAGGAUUUUAGGACCACCGUUGCUUACAUAGGUGCUUGUUCGAUUCUUCAUAAUGCCCUGCUAAUGAGGGAGGACUAUUCAGCAUUGUGUAGUGAGUUAGGAGAUAGCUCAUCGCACGAUCAUCAGACACACCGUCUUCUGGAUGCUGGUUCGGAGGUAAGUUCUGGACAAGGUCAGGUUCUGCGAGAUGGAUUGGCCACACUAGCGAAGGAUUUCCAUGACCAGAGUGAUUCAUUUAGUGGCCGGUCGUUCAGUGCAUUUGUAGCUUGACGGAGAGAUCUGAUUGCAGCUGAUUUUAGUGGGUGGGUAUUGUUUCGGGGUUGGUCUUUCUCACCGCAAUAGAGAGGUAAAGAAGGUUUAUUUGGUGAAUUUCCCAGGUUCUUGGAUUUAGAUUUAGUAGCAUUUACACUUUGAGAGCCAGUGAUUUUGGCAGAGUAGGAAAUGAGGAGCUUUUUCCAGUUCAAACUGCAAAUAAGGGUUCUUAUGAAUUGUACAUAAAUGUUGACCAAGAGCUGUUAGAUGUGCAGCGACAUAUUUUGAUUUUUCUUCCUACUGAGUCUUCAAAAAGAAAAAGAAAAGGCUUUUUUACCUUCCAACAGUGCUUUGUUAUAUCGCUGCGGGAACAGGAUGAGAAGACCAGAGACUCUUCUUCCUGGUGAACAGAAAGAGUGGCUUUGAUUCUGAUUUAAUUAUCAACUAACUGCAAUUUACUCUGAUAUUUUUCUCAAUUAACACUCAAAAACUUGCCUGGAAAAGCAACCUGGACUUGCCCACCACCAGAUAGAUACUUGAAGGCUGUAUUGCCAAAAUAGUUCACUAACGUUUCUAUAUGCUUCCACGGUCUAUCUAAUCUUGCUUGUAAUGCGUCUCAUAUUUCCUUACCCUCAAUGAUCUAUCAGUAUCUUCUUGGCUGGUUUAAGGUUUGUGUUACAUUGCAAAUGCUUUUUUGGAUCCAAAUACAUGUAUUCCCUUUUGAAUUUCCAAAUUGAAUGUAAAAUUCUCAUAAUCUGGAGGGACUAUAAGAUUCAGCACCGUGAAUAUGCAUUUUUGUUUGAAUGAUAUAAGGUCAGAUUCUGCCUAGGGACUUCAUAACUACUGGAAAUUUUAUUCGAUGACUAGACUACCUGAAAUUGCUAACUUAAGAUAAAGGAUACAAACUAUAACAGAAGAAACAUAUCAAUGGUUCAAUACAUUUACUUAGGCCUCAAUCUAAAUGGACUUGUUGAAUUACAGGAGAGGGAGAACUAUAGUAACCAUAUUCUACGCUAGAAUUAGGAGUAGGGUCUUUAGAAUGUAUCGAGCAUUGAAUAUGCAACAACAAUAGGAAUUUUUAGAUUGCCUCUUGUUUUACAGCUUGCUUUAGGUCCAUUAAUACCUGAUCCUUUCUUGUAAGGACUUUUUGAUGUUAGAUGGUUACUUUAGUUCAGGAAUUAUCCUAUGACUUGUUUUCCCCUUUGUUCUGGACGUUUUGUUGGAUAUGCCCUGUCAUCUGCAUUGAGUGCUGCUUUGUAUAGUAACAUGUGAUAUUACCUGUAUUUGCAUACCUCACACCUUUUAUUGUACUGCACUUUGUUAUACGAGGGUAAUUAGUUAUCGAUGCAGAGUGAUAUGUAACACUUCCCUGUUUUGUUGAUUGUUUUGUUUAAUUAGUAAAUACACCAGUGAAAAGGCAGUCCAGAGGAAUACAAGGAUACAUAUGCAUAAGAAAACAAGGAAGAUCUGAGUCAAAGAGACGACUAAUUAAAACAUCGCACUAUUUUCCCCUCUUUUCCUGUCCGUCAUUGAUUCCUUGAGUUUACUUGUAGUUGCAGCUGAAACCAGAUCUAAAGUCAAUCAAUCUGAUGAUGGUCCAUCACAACUUGUCAUUCUGGUUUCUAGAAACACCAUGGAUAAGUCCAUCAGGAAAGAGCGAGUUGAUUCAAAAUCAUCAAGGGAGAGCUAAGUUGACUGUACGAGAGUAGAAAAGAUUUGUGAUGUGUAAUGAAUUGGGACUGGAUGCGGAAUUGAUUUAAGCUGCUUGAAUUGUUUGGGAGGCGCUCAGAAGACCUGUGCUGAUGGCGGGAGAGGAUUUAGUAACAUUCUGCCUGGAGGGUGUGAAAGCUGAAUUAGCUUGCUCUCAAAGAAAGACUCUUUCUACAGCUGACAGGAGGAAGCGCCCUCUCUAGGUCAUUUUCCCUCGUGGACUUGCAGCAGGAAAGUCUCGGGUUUAUGGUUUUUAGAGAGCAGUGGUAGUUCUGCUGUUGGAAUCUAUUCUCGUCCGAAGCAUGUACUGAAUCAAAGAUUGUUGGCAACAAUUAAUGCUUGUUGAGCAGAGCCUCUUCAUCAA